CCCUUCAGCUCGAACAGUUACUUGCCCCAUCAAUCCAGCUCUUCUGAUGAACAUGAUGAUCUUCUUCUCAAGAUCACUUCUAUCUUUACUCCUCAUUAUUUGCGCAAUAUCCAUUUUCUUCCCAGUUUCUGUAUCUGCACACAGCCUCGCAGCCGAUGAAGCCAGGCCUUCGUUAGGUGUUCGAUCCAAAUUUUCGAGAGUUAAGUUCUUUGGCCCACGGACAGCAAGUACCAUUCAAAGUUCUGCCAGAUCCUGCUGUUCGAGAUUGCCGACCAGCUGAACCCGAUCAUUGAAUCCUGUAAAGACAGUCGUCGGAGUCUGCCAGCGACCAGUGCCAGACGAUUCUGUUUUCAGGACAACACUUACACGUGCCUCGAUCGUUACCAACCCUCUAUUCUCCUGUCGAUCCAGCCAGUUGUAGCGGUGCUCAUGACAUCUUCUUCGGCGAUUGCUGUUGUUGUAUUAUCCUUGCAGUUCAUACGUUCGUGUUGUGUUCAUAUUUACUGCUGUACACGCACAUACUGCGAAAUAUUCCAACAGUGUAUACUGGUGGAAGUUCUGAAGCAAAUUGGCAAGACUUUGGGGAAGGAGGAUUGGGAUUUCAGUGUGGAUCCAUGCAGUGGAGAGAAGGGCUGGGCCACCCCAAAUCCAGUUAAAGGGUUUGAGAAUGCAGUCACGUGUAAUUGCUCCUCCAACAACACUAUUUGCCAUGUCACUAGCAUAGUUCUCAAAGCCCAGAAUCUUAACGGGAUUCUCCCAACAGAAUUGGUCAAUCUCCCUUACCUCCAAUAUAUUGAUCUUAGCCGCAACUACCUUAACGGAACUAUCCCUCCAGAAUGGGGCACCACGCAACUAACAAACAUCUCCCUCAUUGUAAACCGGCUAACCGGUCCAAUCCCAAAAGAACUUGGAAACAUCAGCACGCUUGCCUAUCUAACUGUGGAGUUCAAUCAGUUGUCAGGACUCAUUCCUCCAGAGAUUGGGAAUCUUUCUCUCUUGGAGACACUACAUUUGAGUUCAAACAAUUUCACGGGGGAGCUGCCUGAAACACUCUCAAAGCUGACCAACUUGAACGACAUUCGGCUUAGUGACAACCACUUCACUGGAAAGAUACCCAAUUUCAUCCAGAGCUGGACAAAUCUUCAAAAAAUUGUGAUGCAUGCUAGUGGUUUGGAAGGUCCAAUUCCUCCUGGCCUUGGUCUUUUGACCAAAAUCACUGACUUGAGAAUCAGUGACUUAAAUGGAACCCAAGCACCUUUUCCACCCCUUAAUAAUACGAGAAGCCUGGGGAAACUUAUAUUGCGGAAUUGCAAUCUUAAUGGAUCUUUACCUGAAUAUCUUGGGGGAGUGACAAAUUUGACGACUUUAGACCUGAGCUUCAACAACUUGAGUGGAGAAAUUCCAAGCAGCUUUAGUAACCUGGCAAAAGCAGAUUACAUCUUCUUAACUGGGAACCUACUAAGUGGACCUGUGCCUGAUUGGAUCCUGAAAAGUUCAAAGAAUGUUGAUCUUUCAUUUAACAACUUUAUCCUAGGCUCCCAAGGUUGUCUGCAAAAUGAAGUGAACUUGUUUGACAGCUCUUUGAAUGGCAGCUCUGGAAUUUUAUCCUGCUUGACAAGCACUUGCAUUCAAACUCGGCAUUUCUUCCGCAUAAAUUGUGGUGGCAAAGAAGUAAAUGUUAGCAGUGGCCCCAAAUAUGAAGCUGAUACUAGAACCCCGUCUGCGAGUUUGAUGUUCGUUGAAAGUUAUAGUAAUUGGGCAUUUAGUAGCACAGGUUACUUCAUGGAUGAUGAUCGCAGUUCAAAGGGCUCCUUUAUUCAGGAAAAUACUUCAAUCCUUUUUGUGAAGGAUCCAGAAUUGUACAUGGAUGCACGACUUUCCCCCCUAUCUCUGGUCUAUUACGGGUUCUGCCUGAUGAAUGAUAACUACACAGUGAACCUUUAUUUUGCAGAAAUCAUGUUUACUGAUGACAAGACAUAUAGCAGCCUUGGAAGGCGUGUAUUCGAUAUUUACAUUCAGGGAAAGCUGGUGGAAAAAGAUUUCAACAUUGUGGAUAAAGCGGGUGGGGCUGGUAGGAAUAUCACAAUGACAUACAUUGCAACUGUGACCAAUGGCACACUGGAAAUCCGCUUUUAUUGGGCUGGACGAGGGACAACUGCUGUCCCUGUUAGAGGAGUAUAUGGUCCUCUCAUUUCAGCUAUAUCCGUGGAGUCUGGUAAGCGUUCUGAUGAAGUAAUCUGUUCCUUGCAAGUCACUUGGGGUUGGGGUCCCCAAGCAGGUUCUACCCCGCCAUCAGAAGGUGGAAAUGGCAUGUCCGCUGGUGCAGUGGCUGGGAUAGUGGUUGCUGUAGCUUUUGUUGUUUUCUUGCUUCUAGGUAUCAUUCGGUGGACAGGCUGCCUAAGACGCAAAGAUACAAUGGAUGAAGACUUGAAGGGUCUAGAUCUACAGACAGGUUCAUUCACCUUGAGGCAAAUUAAAACUGCUACAAAUAAUUUUGAUGCUGCUAAUAAGAUUGGAGAAGGUGGUUUUGAAUCCGUUUAUAAGGGACUUUUAGCAGAUGGCACCACAAUUGCUGUAAAGCAGCUAUCUUCCAAAUCAAAGCAAGGGAACCGCGAGUUUGUUAAUGAAAUAGGGAUGGUUUCUGCUUUAGAACACCCUCAUCUAGUGAAGUUGUAUGGAUGUUGCAUUGCAGGCAGUCAAUUGUUGCUAGUGUACGAGUACAUGGAAAAUAAUAGUCUUGCUCGUGCUUUGUUUGGCCCAGAAGAAUUCCAGUUGAAAUUAGACUGGCAAACAAGAUAUAAGAUAUGUAUUGGUAUAGCUCGAGGUUUAGCUUUUCUCCAUGAAGAAUCAAGACUUAAGAUAGUUCAAAGAGACAUUAAAGCCACCAAUGUACUACUUGACAAGAAUCUUAACCCUAAGAUAUCCGAUUUUGGUUUGGCAAAAUUUGACGAAGAGGAUAAUACCCAUAUAAGCACCAGAAUUGCGGGAACUUAUGGAUAUAUAGCACCAGAAUAUGCAAUGCAUGGUUACUUAACUGACAAAGCAGACGUAUACAGCUUUGGAAUUGUUGCACUGGAAAUAGUCAGCGGAAGAAGUAACACUAGUUUCAGGGCGAAAGAGCCCUAUUUUAAUCUUCUUGAUAGGACACUUGAACUGGAGGCAGAUGGGAGAUUGAUAGAGCUAGUAGAUCCAAAGAUGGGAUCAGCCUUCAAUAGAGACGAGGCGAUGGUAAUGAUUAAUGUAGCUCUUAUGUGCACUAAUGCCACUGCAUCAGUUAGGCCUGCCAUGUCUUCAGUUGUAAGCAUGCUCGAAGGCAGGACAGUUGUUAAGGAUCCUCUUUCAGAUGUAACCAAAUCCCAUGACCAACUGAAGUUCAAGGGAAAGAUGGAUGAAUGGAAAAACAACCAGGAAACAAAGAUGACAGAAGAUAGCCAAAUCCAAGGUAUGCCAAUUGACGGGCCAUGGACUGGUUCUUCUGCAUCUGCUGGCGAUCUCUACCCCAUCAGUCUGAAUUCUGAUUACUGGAGGAACAGAGAUUAGUAACAAGAAUCCCGAUCUUCGUCUUGAUAGGCUUUCGUUUUGAUCUUCUUUAAUGAAACAUCCCCUCUUACUUGAACUGAAUGCAUGAAGUUGUAAAAAAGAAUUUGCAGCAGAAGGGCAACGAUUUUGUUUUCUUCUGGUUUUCUUCGCCUGUAUGUUUGGAUGGUAAAUGUUAGUCUUUUCAUGUUCAUAUCGGUCCUUGAAGAUGGUUUCUUCCACCUAAUUCUUGAAUGGGAACUUGAGUUAUCUUC